GAGAGGCCGCGUCUCCAGCUGAUCGUCAGUGAUUCUCAUUCCAGCACCAUCUCAUUCAUCAGAUUUGCGUUGAUCUUUAGGACAAUACGUCCCUUAGAAUUAAACAUCGGUCUAAAUAACGCGCAGAUGUCAGAGCUGGUUUUAAACGCAUCUUUGGCCGCAUCACAUUUCGUCGCGCGAGGAUGAUGCUUGGAACUCGCGCGUCUCUGGAUGCAGCGCGUGCGCGCAUGUCCUUGAGUUGAGCAGUAGCUCCAAAAGCAUGGGAUGUUUUUCCAUCGCACGGCCGAUUGCAUCCCGAAACGAAAGCAUAUGGCGAUGAAAUAAGUGUAAAUGAGUAUUUUCGCUCUUGUGUACGCUGGAGAAGACUGCUGGCGCGCCGCCUGUAACGGAGGAGACGAGAUGAGAAAGUGAAGGCGUGUUUGGAGAGCAAUCUUUAUUUGUGUUGUGCAUCAUCAGUGUUACUGUAAAGAUGCCGAGGGGUUUACGCAGGCUGGUGCACCUGGUGCUCCUUUGUCCCUUAUCUAAGGGACUACAGUCCCGUUUACCUGCAGUUAAAGUCAAGUACCUGUUGGUGGCGUGGUUUGGGAUUCUGGUGGCCAGCUGGGUGCUCUAUAUGCAGUAUUACUCUUAUUCAGAGCUCUGCAGAGGACACGUCUGUACCAUGCUCAUCUGUGAUCAUUAUCGCAGAGGUAUUAUCUCGGGGGCAGUGUGUAAGUCCCUCUGCGAGGAGAAAACACUGUCUCUUCAACGCUGUCUUUCAACGUCACCAACACACCAGGUCUACAGUGCUGUGUGGAAGGAGAAAGCUGUACUGGUGAAGUGUGGGAUUGAAGAGAGCAUGAGAGGAGAAAACGGUCCUGACUCUCCACUACGGCAUGACAACAGUCUCUACGAUAAACCCACCCGCGGAACAUCCAUGGAUGAAUUCAGAGCGAUGCUGCAUUCCUUUCUCAAGGACAGUGUUGGUGAGCAAUCAUCUCUUAGCACUCUAGUAACUCGCGUGAUUUCUCUGGCGGAUGUCAACGGUGAUGGCAAAGUUUCAUUAGCAGAGGCGAAAUCCGUGUGGGCUUUGCUUCAGAUCAAUGAAUUUGUUUUAAUGGUGGCACUGCAAGAUAAAGAACAUGCUCCACACUUGCUGGGCUUCUGUGGAGACCUUUAUGUGACUGAACGCGUAGCACACAGUGCCCUUUUCAGGCUGGAGGUGCCUGGUUGGCUGAAGCCAGUGUUUCCUGAGGCACUGAGUGUUGCUUUUAACCAAUGGCUUGCUCCUGCAUGGCCCCGCAGAGCUCGAAUCACCAUUGGACUUCUAGAGUUUGUUGAAGAGGUGUUCCAUGGCAUAUACGGAAGCUUCUACAUUUGUGACGCAAGCCCAAGACGGGUCGGCUACAAUGCGAAAUAUGACUUCAAGAUGGCAGACCUUCAAAGCAUAGCAUCAGAGGCAACUGUCAAAGGGUUUCUGCGAGGGAGAACUUGUGAAGCAAAUGCCGAUUGCACUUAUGGGCGAGAUUGCAUGGCAACGUGUGACCGAUUGGCAAGGCAGUGCAACGUGGAGGUGGUGCAGCCCAACUUGGCCAAGGUGUGUGCCCUCCUGCAAGACUUCCUACUCUUCGGAGCACCGUCGGACCUGAGGGAGGACCUGGAGAAACAGCUACGCACCUGUGUGACGCUCAGCGGGCUUGCCUCACAGAUGGAAGUGCACCAUUCCCUUGUUUUGAACAACCUCAAAACACUAUUGUGGAAGAAGAUCUCCAAUACCAAGUACUCUUGAGACCAACAUAGAGAUGAUCAAAAGAAAGACAAGGAAGAGCAAGAGAAUCGGAGACUUCCAGAGAAAACAAUUGGGGUCAGUACAAUAAGUUCUGGAAGGCCAACAGAAUAGCUGAACUGUGCCAGCUACAUCCCCACCCUCAGAUUUUACUCAACUGAAGAACAUUAAACCCUGUAGAAACACCUAAGGAAAACUAAUUUUCUUUUGCCCAAAAGGUUCAAGGUGAAAACUGUCCAGUGGGAACAAAGACAACUUUCUUUGACCAUGCAGCCCCUAGCCAAAUGGGUCCUUUUUGGUGAACUUUUGGCUAAGGAUCUGGGCUGCAAGCACAAGGACAUUUCCAAGUAGAAGAAACCCACAGCGUUUCCAAGAAGAUGGUCUUGCUCUACAUCCCCUUUCUCUUUUACUUUAGUUACUCAAAUGAAGACCCUAAUAGAAAACCCUUCAGAACAAUCUCUUUCCUUUUGCCAAAAUAUCCAAGUUAAGACUGUUCUUAAU